AUGGCAAUGUCUCUCAUCCGAGCGUGCCGCAGUCUGGCUCUCUCAACAUGGCUGCUUUCCUUUUGUUUCGUGCAUCUGCUCUGCCUGGACUUCACUGUGGCCGAGAAGGAAGAAUGGUACACCGCCUUCGUGAACAUCACCUACGCGGAGUCCGCGCCGGACCCCGGGGCAGGGGGGACGGGCGGCGGCGCCGAGCUGCACACGGAGAAGACGGAGUGCGGGCGCUAUGGGGAGCACUCGCCCAAGCAGGACGCUCGCGGGGAGGUGGUCAUGGCCAGCUCGGUCCACGACCGCCUGGCCUGCGACCCCAACACCAAGUUCGCCGCCCCGACCCACAGCAAGAACUGGAUAGCCCUCAUCCCCAAGGGCAAUUGCACGUACAGGGAUAAGAUCCGAAACGCGUUCUUGCAGAACGCCUCCGCGGUGGUCAUCUUCAACGUGGGCUCCAACACCAAUGAGACCAUCACCAUGCCCCAUGCAGGUGUGGAAGACAUCGUGGCCAUCAUGAUUCCUGAGCCCAAAGGGAGGGAGAUAGUGAGCCUGCUGGAGAGAAACAUCACCGUGACCAUGUCCAUCACCAUCGGCACCCGGAACUUGCAGAAAUAUGUGAGCCGCACUUCGGUUGUGUUUGUCUCCAUCUCCUUCAUUGUUCUGAUGAUCAUUUCCCUCGCAUGGCUGGUCUUUUAUUACAUCCAGAGGUUUCGGUAUGCAAAUGCCAGGGACAGGAACCAGCGCCGAUUGGGAGAUGCAGCAAAGAAAGCCAUCAGCAAGCUCCAGGUCAGGACCAUCAAGAAGGGUGACAAGGAAACAGAGUCCGAUUUUGACAACUGUGCAGUUUGUAUUGAAGGGUACAAGCCCAAUGACGUUGUCAGGAUCUUGCCCUGCCGGCAUCUUUUCCACAAGUCCUGUGUUGACCCCUGGCUUCUAGAUCAUCGCACCUGCCCCAUGUGCAAGAUGAACAUUCUUAAAGCCCUAGGGAUCCCGCCCAACGCCGACUGCAUGGACGACUUGCCCACUGACUUCGAGGGCUCACUGGGAGGGCCACCAACUAACCAGAUCACAGGUGCCAGCGACACAACAGUAAAUGAAAGUUCAGUCACUUUGGACCCUGCUGUGCGGACUGUGGGAGCCUUGCAGGUGGUCCAGGAUACAGACUCCACACCCCAGGAGGGGGCCGUCAUCUUUACUACUAACAGUGAGCAGGAGCCAGCUGUAAGCAGCGAUUCCGACAUAUCGUUGAUUAUGGCCAUGGAAGUUGGACUGUCUGAUGUAGAACUUUCCACUGACCAAGACUGCGAAGAGGUGAAAUCUUGAAAUGGUGAAGACAGAAAAAAGAGAUAGUAGGACCCAAAGGGAAGACAGGGACUAGUACGCUGGGAUUUGAACCAAGACACACACCUGCAGGGCACCUAGCGACUCCAGGGUGCGCCAUUCAAGAAUGAGAACAAAAAGCAAUAUCCAAAGUCUUGUCAAUCAGGAUGCCGUUUCUCCAUCUCUGCGACAGUCCACGGCCUCGG